AUGGGAUUUUUGAGUGGUGUUCUCAGUAACAUCAAAGAGCAUUUAGGGCAGCAUAAAGAGCAAAUUACAGAAGCUAUUAAGUCACUUGAGACCAAUAAACACCUUGGUAAAAAAGGUUUUAAUGUUGCGAUUGUAAAGGUGGUCGCAGGGGUGCGGGGGUAUAAUGGUAAUGUAAAGUCUUCUAAUGAAGCAGUGAAAAAACCAAUUGAAAAACUAAAAGAAGAUAUGAAGAAGUAUACAAAAGGAAAAUUAGAUGAAAUUAAAGAUGACGCAGACGUCGGUGAUUCUGACCUUUCUGAUGCUGUUACCGGAAUUGGUAAAAAGUACAAUGAGUUUAUUAACUCAACUUUUGAAGUGCUGACUGCGUUGUCAAAAGCCGAAGAAGGCAGCAAAGCAAUCAGUGAUCUCAAUCAUAAUUGUAAGAAUAAAAUUAUUAAUGCUGAAAAGACAAUCAGGCAUGAGUAUGAUACACUACAGAUGACGUUUCAGAAUCAAUACACAGACUUAGAGAGAUGUAUUAAUAGUGUGAAUAGACAUUUCAGUGCUCUUGAGCAACGGGUGAAUAGUCUGGCAAGAGAUCAAAUUACAAAACUGGUAGAUGAGAUUAAAAAAGAAUUGAGUAAACGCAAGGCGGAUAUAGAAAGCGAAAAAAAUAAGUUAAAUACAUGGUUGAAUGAUACGACAGCAACAAAUGAUUCGAAAUCAGAAAAAGAGGUACUUGAGGACAAUUGCUCCAAUGUUACGAAGGGUGUGGCUACAUUCUCGGUGCAAUAUACAACGGUCAAUACACAACUUAGUGCCAUUAAAAAAGUUGUACAGGAUACUGAAGGGACGGACAAACUUGAGACUUUUGUUGAGCAGAUCGCAGUUGCAGCUCAGCAGGUUGGUAAUGAUUUGGGAAAUCAUAUUAACACCUUGAAUGACUGGAUGCAGAAAGCCAAGCACGCCGUGACAAAUGCUAAAGGAAAAAUGGAGCAGAUUGUAAACCUUUUGGAAGAUAAACAGGAAAACGGAAAAAAAAGUGAUAUUAGUAAGGCGGCCACGGAAUUACAACAAAAAGCGCAGUCCCUUCUGACAUCCAUGAAGGGGGCCAAAAGUGAAUUGAGCCGUUUGGUGGGUUCAUUACCCAAAACCCUUGAUACCAUUUUGAAACCAUCCAUUGCCGCCGAUCUAAAGGAUCUUAGAGAUGGAAUUAGAAGGAAAGUCGUGGAGUAUUUCGAAGAGUUAGGGCUGGCGAAAUUCGGUGAAGCGGCAGGGAAUACAUUCGGUGGUAAUGUUCAGAUGCUGAAGUUGAAUGGCCGGUUUAAGGAUUGGCUUGAAGCGUCCGGUAAAGGUGGACUCAAAUUAAAAAAUUCCUCCAACAACCUGAUAGAACACGCAUCGUAUGCACGAAAGGCACUACUAUACGCAUUGGAUUCACUAAAUGCAAAACUCGACACAGACCAUGGUAAAUCUGGUUUCAACGCAAUGCGAGAGGACGUUGAUGGUAAGAUAGAUGAGGAGUUUGGCGCAGAAAACAGUCCGUUGAAUAAUGCUGAAAAAAAUCACAUGAAAGCUUAUAAAGGAACUCAGGAGCAGGUGUCGCAGAAGAUUAAGCAAAUCGAGACCGACGUAAAUGAUAAUCAUUUCAAAAAAUUCGAUGAUGGCCAGAUUGCAAAAAUUGAUGAAGGAGUACUAACGGAAGCCCUCAGAAACGUUAAUGACGCCAUCGGUGGCUUCACCAUGCCCUUAAAGAGCUCAUCGAUACAAAAGUGA